CACAAUUUUGUUUCACUCCAUCUUAGGUGACACAUAAAUCUCAUUUGAUUUGAAGUUUUUAACAUUUAGCAAGCAAGAGGUGACGCAUGUGUCAGUCGUAUAUGCCCCCGGCCCCGAAGUACAUGCGGAGUUUGACAGAGCGAGUGAAACAAAGCGAAACCAGCUAUGAAGAACAUCUUCAAGAAGAAGACUCACCACCCCAACCGAUCGAACAACGAGACUCCUCAGCCGUCUUCUUCUUCUUCUUCCUCUUCUUCUGCGUUGACGUCGCCAUCGUCGCCCGCGUCUUCCUCCGGUCACUGCGCCUCGCAGAGUCCAUCGACGGCGUCGGCGACUCCCGCCGUUCCCGCGCAGGUUUCCGGUGUAGGAACGCCGUCCGUCAGCCGGCAGCACGAUUACUACGCAUCCGAGGAGGAUUACCAGAUUCAGCUAGCGCUAGCGCUCAGUGUUUCCUCGUCUCAGGCGGAGGAGCCUUUUCGGUGCGAUGUUGACUCCGGAAAAGGUCAGAUCCUCGUUGGAGCGAGGUACGGUGCUGAGUCGGCCCGUGAUAGGGAGGAAGCUGCUGCGGAUUUGCAGUCGAGGCACUAUUGGGAUUACAACACGCUUGAUUACGAGGAAAAAGUUGUUGAUGGUUUCUAUGAUGUACAUAGCCUUUUUUCGAGUCCUGCAAGCCGAGGGAAGAUGCCAUCUCUUUCGGAACUUGAAACAAAUGCUGGAAGUUCUAACUUUGAAGUUGUGAUAGUGAAUAAAAAGAUUGACCCCUCACUGGAGGAGCUUGUGCAGAUUGCACAUUGCAUCACAUUAGACUCCGCCAAAGAUGAGAUUGGUCUGCUAGUUCAGAGGCUUGCUGAACUGGUAAUAGAACAGUUUGGUGGGCCGGUGAAGGAUACUAGUAUCAUACUGACUAGAUGGAUGGAAAGAAGUACAGAGUUGAGAACUUCUCUUCAAACCAGCGUGCUGCCUCUUGGAUCACUAAAUAUUGGGUUGUCACGUCAUCGUGCAUUGAUGUUCAAAGUUUUGGCCGACCAUGUUGGAAUUCCUUGUAGAUUAGUUAAAGGUUACACAGGUGUUGAGGAUGAUGCUAUCAACAUCAUAAAGUUACCUAAUGGGAGUGAGUUUUUGGUUGAUCUUAUGGGUGCACCUGGGACACUUAUACCAGCUGAAGUUCUUGGGGGGAAGGAUACUUCUUUCAAGCCAUAUAACCUUCCCAAUGCCCAGUCAAUAAUUGGUUCAAGCUCUGUGCCCUAUUCAUUGGAUGAUAAGAAAUCUUCAAUAGAAAAUGAUAUUUCUAAUGCUGCGAGGCCAGCAAGGCAGGAAUCCAAUUCUUUGUUAUCAGAUACAAAUGUUGGAGCUGGUUCAUCAGGAUUAAGUAACAGAGUUUCUCCCUCUAACCAGUUGGAUCAAAUCCCAUCAUUGGUCAUUGGGAAGUCGUUAUACAAAGGAGGUCGUGGACCUAAUGCCGCUAGUGAUGGUUCAAGGGUGAAUGUGAAUGUUCCAUAUAGUGAUGAUCCAAAAAACCUUUUUGCUGAUCUCAACCCGUUUCAAGUUAAAGGAUCUGGCUUGGUUCAGAAUAACCCUUCUAGAACCGCAGUCAAUGGACUGCAGUUUCCAAAAAAUAAUGUGGCAGGUAAGCCUCCUGUCCCCAUGAAUUGGAAAAAUCGUUAUGCAUGCAAUGAAGUUCCAGAAAUAUCACCAAGGAUCAACCGUGGUGCAAAUAUUUAUAAUUCAUCAACAAUGACACCUUCCAGCGCAACUACACAGCAGAAAGUUAUCUCUGAUAGCUCGAGGAUGCCUGGUAAAGCAUAUAAUGUCUACAGGGAGAACAAUGACACUGCUUCUGGAGCUGAUACCCCUCUGAUGUUGGCAUCGACUCAAUUUGAAUUUAGGAAAUUUUCUAUUGAAGACAAUAAGAUCAGUGAUCUUAAGCAAACACAUCAAAGGGAAGGCAAUGUUUUGGAAAGUAAUGACACAGAAACAACCAGAGCUCAUGUAAAUGAGAUUACUAUGCAGAAUGAUGGCAAAAAGAUCACCCAACAUAAAUUAGCAGGGAAGAAUUUAAGAUUGAAGGAACCUCAAUACUCAAAUACUUCAACAUGGUUAAGUCCAUCCCAGAUCAAUCAAGUAUUGGAUGAUGUGAAUGAAUGUGAAAUCCCAUGGGAAGAUCUUGUUAUUGGCGAAAGGAUCGGGCUAGGUUCUUAUGGAGAAGUAUACCGCGCUGAUUGGAAUGGCACUGAGGUUGCUGUCAAGAAGUUCCUCGAUCAGGAUUUUUCAGGUGCUGCUUUAGCUGAGUUUAAGAGAGAAGUGCGGAUCAUGCAACGUUUACGCCAUCCAAAUGUAGUUCUUUUCAUGGGAGCAGUAACCCGGCCUCCAAAUCUUUCUAUUAUCACUGAGUUUCUUCCCCGAGGAAGUCUUUUCCGGAUAAUCCAUCGUCCUCACUCUCAAGUAGAUGAGAAGCGCAGAAUCAAAAUGGCUCUUGAUGUGGCAAUGGGUAUGAAUUGCUUGCAUACAAGCACACCAACUAUUGUUCAUCGUGAUCUAAAAUCUCCUAAUCUAUUGGUUGAUAAUGAUUGGAAUGUGAAGGUAUAUAGUUUCACUUGUUGGUGUUUGUCGAUGCCUUGAGUUAUACAUAGGGGAUGUUUGUUUCACGGAAUGUAUGACUACCUUGAAUAAUGGGAUCACCUCUUGGAAGGUAAUUAGGAUUACGGGGACAAAAGAUUACCUCGAGCUGUUUGGUUUACAGAAUGUGAUAUCACUUAUUUAUUUGAAGUGUAAUGGACAAUCGGGGAUUAUCUAAAAUGCUAAGGAACUACUGAAGUAAUUGAUUAUCUAAGAAACCUCUUUCCCUACUUUUAGGUAAAAUGAAAACCUGAACUAAACAAGGUAAUAUCACAUUACCAAGGUAUGUGAGAUUACAUGAACCAAACUCCUCCACAAUGUCGUGUGG